UUGUUAAAUGCUUAAGAGAGCAUCAAGAACAAAGAAAAGUCAAAAGAAUGAGAUGAAAAUGGAAAGGACGUAUAGUUGUCGGGAUUUUUGUUGUCUAGAAAGAUUCUCGUUACAAGUUUUCAAACAUUUAACUAGAUGAUGCAGAACAUUCCCUAACAUGUUUUCCUGCCACAGGUUUGGUAACACUGCUUACUUGCAUAUAUCUGUGGCCUUCAUCCAGAUGCUCAAGGCCCUUAUGCCAGUGGCAACAUUUGUUGUGGCUGUGUUGUGUGGUACUGAUAAAUUAAGGUGGGACGUAUUCUCGAACAUGGUGCUGGUCAGUGUUGGAGUUGUCAUUUCCUCGUAUGGGGAAAUACAUUUUAAUGUGAUUGGUACAGUUUACCAGGUUACAGGCAUAUUUGCCGAAGCUUUGAGACUGGUCUUGACUCAAGUCCUUCUACAAAAGAAGGGCUUGACUCUAAACCCUAUCACAAGCUUAUAUUACAUAGCUCCCUGCAGCUUCGUCUUUCUGUUUGUACCCUGGUACUUUCUGGAAAAGCCUGGGAUGGAAAUCACCCAAAUUCAGUUCAAUUUCUGGAUCUUUUUCUCCAAUGCCGUUUGUGCACUAUUGUUGAACUUCUCGAUUUUCUUGGUAAUCGGUAGAACCGGAGCAGUGACCAUGCGAGUAGCUGGUGUUCUUAAAGAUUGGAUACUAAUAGCUCUUUCAACGGUUGUGUUUCCAGAAUCUAUGAUUACUGGUCUAAACAUUAUUGGCUAUGGCAUUGCAUUGUGUGGUGUAGUCCUGUACAACUAUUUGAAGGUCAAGGACGUUCGUGCAACUCAACUUGCUUCUGAAAUCAUUCCUGAAAGGAUUGUAAAGGAUUGGAAGAUAGAGAAGAAAUCCUCGGAUAUAUAUGUUCCUGAUGGAAGCAACAAUGAUGAAGGAAGUGGUACAUCUGAUUUUGCAGUGGAUGAAGAGGCACCCCUUGUUUCUUCGUCAAGGUUGUCUCAUAUUGGAAGAACACAGCAAAGCAAUCGCAACUUGUAAAACCUUGGCAAAAGGAAACAAAAGCUUUACACGAGCUCCUCGAUUUUGAAAGAUUUAUUUUUUAUUAUUACUUCCUUCAUGAGGGCAGUAUGCUUGUGUCAAAUUCUUCGUAGUGCGCGUAUAUUGAAAAAUAGAACGUAGUUUUAUGCACCCAAACUCGAUGUAUUUCUAUCUUCCAGGCACAAUUUUGAUUCCCAAUAUAAUUUAUUAACCAUACAA